UUGAAGUGUGAGUCAUCGCUUGUUAUAGUAAAUUUUGUGUUUCUCGGAACAAAAAUUUCAAGUUAAAAACGUAGCGCCAUUGAAGAAAUUAUCACUCUACUAUUUGUAGUGAAUCAUCAUAACAUCGGCAGAAUUACAUUUUUACACAUUAUGAGGUUUUAUGGAACUGACUGACACCACCUACUACGUUUUACUUUUGAUUGUCUUAUUACCGAUCAAAUUAUUCUUCGGUUUAUGGGCCUGGUUGGGUUGGGAGUUGUUCAAGAAUAAUUAGCUGUUAUGAGCGGUUCGUCCGACAGCACUCAGAAACUAAACAGCAUGAAGCGAAACCUAACUUUAGACUUUAACCAGGCGAAAAAGCCACAUUUGAACUUGAGCGCCGCAAGUUCCGUCCUUUCCUCGCCGGAUUUAAAUAUGCUAAAGGUCGGCACUCCGGAAUUGGAAAAGAUGAUAUUGGCGAACGGAAUUUCCACAAGUACGCCGACACCAUCCGGGCUGAUUUACUCGCGAACAGUCGCGGAGGAUCCCGAAACAUUCGCCAGCGGAUUCGUUAACGCCCUCAACGAUCUCCACAAUAACGCCAACACAAGCUCUGCAUCCGACAAUUCAUCAAGUGCCACAGUUUAUGCGGAAUUAGAACAGCCGACCCUGGGAUUUUUAACGCCGAUUAUCAAAGAAGAACCUCAAACCGUUCCGAAUAUACACAGCUCGUCACCUCCACUGUCGCCAGUCGACAUGGAAGCGCAAGAACGGAUCAAGCUUGAGAGAAAGCGACAACGCAACCGCCUUGCUGCCUCCAAAUGUCGUACGAGGAAACUGGAACGAAUUUCCAGACUAGAAGACAAAGUAAAACAUUUGAAAGGGGAGAAUGUUGAGCUCGCCUCUCUCGUCAAUCAGCUUAAAGAGCAAGUUGGCAUAUUAAAAGUGGAAGUUAUGGACCAUGUGCAAGCCGGAUGCAAUAUUAUGAUGUGAUAGUAGAAUAUAAUUAUCUAACAUUAUUUUUGUAAGUUAUUAAGUCAAACAAUGUUGAAUUUUU